UACACACCCCCGCGCCUGACGCAAAUCGACGCCAACGUCAUGACGUUGCACCCCUCCCGGCGUUUCCCGGGCUUGCACAGGUCACGCGGGCGGCUUUUCGCGGGAAAACUGCUUGUUGCCGGAGCAGAGCGGAGAGCGGCGCAGUUAUGGCGGAAUCUUCCGAGUCCAGUCCUGCCCCUAGGCAGCGAGGCAAUGACCCCCUCACUUCCAGCCCUGGGCGAAGCUCCCGGCGCACGGACGCCCUGACCUCCAGCCCUGGUCGGGACCUUCCUCCUUUUGAAGAUGAGUCUGAGGGCUUGCUAGGUACAGAAGGGCCCAUGGAGGAAGAAGAAGAUGGAGAAGAGCUGAUUGGAGAUGGCAUGGAGAGGGACUACCGUGCCAUCCCCGAGCUGGAUACCUAUGAGGCUGAAGGGCUGGCACUAGAUGAUGAGGACGUGGAGGAGCUGACAGCCAGUCAGAGGGAAGCGGCUGAGAGGGUCAUGAGACAGCGCGACCGAGAGGCUGGCCGAGGCCUGGGCCGCAUGCGCCGGGGGCUCCUAUAUGACAGCGAUGAGGAAGAUGAGGAUCGCCCCAGCCGCAAGCGCCGCCAGGUGGAGCGGGCCACAGAGGUGGGCGAGGAGGAUGAGGAGAUGAUUGAGAGCAUCGAGAACCUGGAGGACCUCAAGGGCCACACUGUGCGUGAGUGGGUGAGCAUGGCGGGCCCCCGGCUGGAGAUCCACCACCGCUUCAAGAACUUCCUGCGCACCCACGUGGACAGCCAUGGCCACAAUGUCUUCAAGGAGCGCAUCAGCGAUAUGUGCAAAGAGAACCGCGAGAGCCUGGUGGUAAACUAUGAGGACCUGGCUGCCCGUGAGCACGUCCUGGCCUACUUCCUGCCCGAGGCACCGGCUGAGCUGCUGCAGAUCUUUGACGAGGCGGCCCUGGAAGUGGUGUUGGCCAUGUAUCCCAAAUAUGACCGCAUUGCCACCCACAUUCACGUCCGAAUCUCCCACCUGCCCCUGGUAGAAGAGCUGCGGUCACUGAGGCAGCUGCACCUGAACCAGCUGAUCCGUACAAGUGGUGUGGUGACCAGCUGUACGGGCGUUCUGCCACAGCUCAGCAUGGUCAAGUACAACUGCAACAAGUGCAGCUUCGUGCUCGGGCCUUUCUGCCAGUCCCAGAACCAGGAGGUGAAGCCGGGAUCCUGCCCCGAGUGCCAGUCUGCGGGGCCCUUCGAAGUCAACAUGGAGGAGACCGUCUAUCAGAACUACCAGCGCAUCCGGAUCCAGGAGAGUCCAGGCAAAGUGGCAGCUGGCCGAUUGCCCCGCUCCAAAGAUGCCAUCCUCCUUGCUGACCUGGUGGACAGCUGUAAGCCAGGAGAUGAGAUCGAGCUGACUGGCAUCUACCACAACAACUACGAUGGCUCCCUCAACACUGCCAAUGGCUUCCCUGUCUUUGCCACAGUCAUCCUGGCCAAUCACGUGGCCAAGAAGGACAACAAGGUGGCCGUGGGGGAACUGACAGAUGAGGAUGUGAAGAUGAUUACCAGCCUCUCCAAGGACCAGCAAAUUGGGGAAAAGAUUUUUGCUAGCAUCGCACCUUCCAUCUAUGGCCAUGAGGACAUCAAGAGAGGCCUGGCCCUGGCUCUGUUUGGAGGGGAACCGAAGAACCCAGGUGGGAAACACAAGGUGCGAGGUGACAUCAAUGUGCUGCUAUGUGGAGACCCAGGUACGGCGAAGUCUCAGUUCCUCAAGUACGUGGAAAAGGUGUCCAGCCGGGCCAUCUUCACCACGGGCCAGGGAGCCUCAGCAGUGGGACUCACGGCCUAUGUACAGCGGCAUCCAGUCAGCAGAGAGUGGACCUUGGAGGCUGGGGCGCUGGUUCUGGCUGACCGGGGUGUGUGUCUCAUUGAUGAGUUUGACAAGAUGAACGACCAGGACAGGACCAGCAUCCAUGAGGCCAUGGAGCAACAGAGCAUCUCCAUCUCCAAGGCUGGCAUUGUCACCUCCCUGCAGGCCCGCUGCACUGUUAUUGCAGCUGCCAACCCCAUAGGGGGACGCUAUGACCCCUCACUGACUUUCUCCGAGAACGUGGACCUCACAGAGCCCAUCAUUUCCCGCUUUGACGUCCUGUGUGUAGUGAGGGACACGGUGGACCCUGUGCAGGAUGAGAUGCUGGCCCGCUUUGUCGUCGGCAGCCAUGUCCGCCACCACCCCAGCAACAAGGAGGAGGAGGGGGUGGCCAGCAGGGCCCAGGAGCCCACCAUGCCUAACACAUACGGUGUGGAGCCACUGCCACAGGAGGUACUGAAGAAGUACAUCAUCUAUGCCAAGGAGAGGGUCCACCCAAAACUCAACCAGAUGGACCAGGACAAGGUGGCCAAGAUGUACAGUGACCUGCGAAAGGAGUCCAUGGCCACAGGCAGCAUCCCCAUCACGGUGCGGCACAUCGAGUCCAUGAUCCGCAUGGCAGAGGCCCAUGCACGCAUCCACCUGCGGGACUAUGUGAUCGAGGAUGACGUCAACAUGGCCAUUCGCGUGAUGCUGGAGAGCUUCAUUGACACACAGAAGUUCAGUGUCAUGCGCAGCAUGCGGAAGACAUUUGCCCGCUAUCUCUCAUUCCGGCGAGACAACAAUGAACUACUGCUCUUCAUCCUAAAGCAGUUGGUGGCCGAGCAGGUGACCUAUCAGCGCAACCGCUUUGGUGCCCAGCAGGACACAAUUGAGGUGCCUGAGAAGGACUUGGUGGACAAGGCCCGGCAGAUCAACAUCCACAACCUGUCUGCUUUCUAUGACAGCGAGCUCUUCAGGAUGAACAAGUUCAGUCGAGACCUGAAGCGGAAGGUGAUCCUUCAGCAGUUCUGAGCCCUGGGCUGACCACCAUGGCUUCUGUGACUCUGGUUGAGGACCUUACUCGAAGUGCUUGGUCACCCUCUGCUUUAUGGACACUUUCCAGGGGCUCGGUGUCCUGGGAUCCAGGUUUGGGACUUAGCCUCACCAGCGUGUCUUGGACUGAUAUGGAGCAUUGAUGGUAAUGUCUUGGGCUUUACCUUCUGCUCCUCUCACCUUCUGGGUGACACCUUCCCAGGGUUUCUGUCCCACCUGCUCAGCAGCCUGCCACCAGCAUGUGGUGUCUGCACACGGUGCCUUGCAUCAGUCACUGUGCUUCCAGAGUCUGGGUGUAUUGUAGGAUGGGCGCCCUUACCUGGGUGUUAGGACAGCUUUUGCCACCUUUUGCCCCACAGCACCUUACAGGUGUUUGUAGUUCUUUCUGAUAUCUGGUCCUGCAAAUGGGCCCAGCUGUAAGGUGGAAGAGUGCUCAGCUGGCCAGCCUGGUGCCCAUGGCCCUGUGACAGCCUGGUAUGGAGUCGGGGGUCUCGUGUCCACUGUUAGUCACCAUUGCUGUAUUAAUCUGGUUGUGUUUACCUGACGAUUUCUUUUACUUGGUUAUUUGUAUAUGCAGGUUUUGUUUCUGUAGUUUAAAUUUUUAAUAAAGUUGAAUAAAAUGUAAA